AUGGCUACUGAGGCGCCAACCAACAGUGGCAGCUCUGCCUCCGCUGGCCUGAGCGCCGCGGAGAAGCUGAUGCAGCAGCACGCCGCGCACGAGUCGCACAAUCCUACCGUCGAGGAAGUGCCAGACGAGGACGCCCUGGCUCACGCUCCGCCUUCGUCCACUGCAAACUCGCUGCCCAUCAGCACCGACCCGUCUCGGGUGGCCACACCUGCUGCAGAGCCCCCGGGCAAGGCUGCCGGCAAACAGCCCAUGCGAGAUGCUCCGGCAAAGAAGCCCGCCCUGGACACGCAGUCCGAGGAGCUGUUCCCAGCUCUUGGAGCGCCAAAAGCAGCUGCUCCCGCUGCUCCAAGCAUGUGGUCCAAGAAACCAGCAGCUGUUGCCAAAGCUGCCAACGGUGUUCCCAACGGUGUGGUCAACGGGACCUCAGGUGCAACCGAUGCAUCUUCCCGGGCUUCGACCCCGAUCAUGACGCUGCCCGGACGCAACGCCGAACAUAUCGACCUUGCGCCUCAUAUGAUGACGCCUCGCGACCAGUUGAAGAAGCCCAUCGAGCACAUCCUGCGCGACAUCAACAAGCGCUCAAAGGCUACAGUCACGAUGAAGUCUGGCCCCGGUGGUGUAUACCGCUUUGAAGGAGUCGGUCAGACGGACGCCGUCCGUAGCGCGUUGAAGGAGGUGGCCACUCAACUUUGCUCUAAGCAGCAGGAGAAAAUUCCUAUUCCUGCGAGCCUGCGCGGCAGAAUUGUCGGCAAGCAAGGCGCAACCAUUCAGGCCAUCUCAAAGAGGACCGGCGCACGAAUCAACAUCUCCAAGGACGCGCCUGUAGACGCACAAGAAGAUGAUGACCUGGACUCGACUGUCGACGUGCUGAUCGAGGGCGAUCCGUUCGCUGUUCAACUUGCAAGGCAGGACAUUGAAAGAAUCGUCAGUGAGCACACUGUCACCGCUAGCUCCCGAUUGAGACACGUGCCUGCGGAGUUCUAUCCAUUCCUUGCUGCGCCCAGCAACCAGCGAUUGAACGCUCUGCAAAAGACCCGUGACUUACGCAUGCAAAUACCACAUUAUCACACCUGGAACGCACAAGCUCAGCCCCAGCUUCCUGACAAUCGGCAGCCAGUUUCUUUCGUUCCGCAAGCUGGAUUGCCCAUCUCGCUUUCUGGUGAUCGACAAGCUGUGGCCGAAGCUCGAGCAGAAAUAGAUCGUCAAGUGCAGGAGCUUCAACGACAGCUCACUCUCGAACAAGUUCCGGUGGAGCGUGGUCGUCACCAAUUCAUUGUUGGUGAUAAGGGCACCUCGCUCCAAGAGUUCCUUGCAGAGACGGGCUGUUCUGUUAUUAUGCCACCAGAUGGCUCUGACGACGAGAUGCUCACGGUUGUCGGUCCUGCAGACAAAAUUGAUGAGGCUACGAACAAAAUCAUGGAGUUGGCCUCAAGCAUGGCCAUGGCUAGCGCAGAUAUCCCACGUGUACAUGCCAAUGCUCCGAGAGGCGCACAGAACCAUGCUCGUGAUAUCACUCGUUAUCUUCAGCAACGUCAAGCCAUCCAAGAACUAGAGCGCAUACAUGACGCUCGGAUUGUGCCCGACAGUACCGGCAACUGGCACAUAUACGCGCGAGACGGCAAGAACGCUGUGAAGGCCCGUGCUGAUGUCAUGGCCCUCAUUGCUGGCCAUCCACCGACCCGAUUCCAUCCCGUCCAGGUCGAUCCAUUUUACCACCAGCAUAUCCGAGAGCAUGCGGCCCCUAAGAUUCGGGAGCAGCAUGGCGUACGAGUUGUCGUGCCAGACGGUGAUGGUGAUAUUCUCCUAGUUUUUGAGGAUCGAGUGCCAUCUCCAGAAUACGUCCUUCCUCGCAAGGCACCAAAGGACCAAGAAGCGAGAGCCUUUGAGCAGGCUUUGCAGCAGGCACAACAGCAAAUUAUCGCACUUAUGACAGGCAGACCUUCUAUUGUAUCGCGUGACCUGGACGCCCCAGCUAAAUUCCAUGACAAAAUUCGGCGUCAAGUAGAUCGCCAUCAUCAGUCUCUCGAAGAGGGUCAAAUUCCAGUCCAAGUGACAUAUGGUGGCGCUCCAAAAGCGGCACCUGGGCGUGCAGCAGCUCCAAACGUGGGUCUUCGCGGACCCCAGGAUUCUGUAGCGGCACUCGAGCAAAUCCUGAGAGCAUUCAUCGAGCAAGAGGAGAAAGACGAGUUGGAGCGUGGCUUCACCCUGAGCUUCGACUUCCCCCAGCAGCACGCCAAUCACCUAAUUGGGCGCAAAGGCGAGCACAUUAACCGUUUACGUGAGGAAUUUGAUGUCGACAUUCAGCUCAAUGAUGGCAAGUGCGAGAUCAAAGGUCCGGAAGCAAAGGCCAACGCCUGCAAGAAGCACAUCCUUGCUCUCGCCAAGAAGCUUGACGAUGAAGCGACUCAUCGCUUGAACAUCCCUCCAGAGUUCCACAAGGAUCUCAUAGGAGCUCAAGGAAGUCAAGUAAAUCGGCUGCAAGAUCGUUAUGGUGUACGAGUCCAGUUCCCUCGCAACAAGCAGAAUGAUGAUGAUGCAUCUGUCGCGGAAGGCACAAGCCGUCGUGACAACCAACUACCCAACGAAGUCAUUGUCAAGGGUCCAAGCAAGGGUGCAGAUGCCUGUCGCGAUGAAUUGUUAAGCUUGCUGCAGUACGUCAAAGACAACUCGCAUGUGGCGACAGUGUCUGUUGCUCAAAACCAGCUGCCUUCCCUCAUCGGUGCGGGAGGUAAGGAAAUGGAAGCCUUGCGUCUCGAGACAGGUGCGCAGAUUGAUGUUCCAAGCUCGCGUGACACCGUAGGGCCGGACGGUCGUGUCGAAAUCAAGAUCCGAGGCUCGAAGAAGGCCGUUGACGAGGCGAAGAAAAUGAUUCAAGAGAAAGCUAAAGUGUUUGACAACACGGUUGUGCGCAAUUUGGACAUCGAUCGCAAAUACCACCGUCUGAUCAUAGGUCCACAGGGGAGUAACUUGCGCCAGAUCAUCGCUCAGGCUGGCGGGCCUGAUGAUGCCCGUCUUCACAAUCGCAUGAUCCGCUUUCCGAAGACUGAUGCUGAUGGCACCAGCAUUCGCAUUGACGGCGAAAAGCCAGUGGUUGACAAGAUUUGUGCCGCGAUCGAAGCUCUUGUCAAGCAGCAGGAAUCUCAAACCACAGCCAUCGUAGAGGUGAAACCCGCGAAGCAUCGACUGCUCAUUGGCCGAGGUGGCGAGACUCGGAGGCAACUUGAGCAGCAGUUCAAUGUGGCCAUCAACAUUCCUAGACAAAGUGAGACUGGUCCGCAGCGAUCGCAAGUUCGCGUUACUGGUCAGCCUGAGGACGUGGAGAAGGCCAAAGCUCACAUUCACGAAGUCACCAAAGAUCAAGAGGGACAGACUGUACAAAUCCCGCGACAAUUCCAUCAUGUUAUUGCAGAUAACGGUCAAUUCUUCCGCCGACUUCGAAACGAUCACAAUGUCACUGUCGACCACAGUGGCCAGCGACCGCCUCCUAAGCCAGCAGCCCCGGCUCCCAGUAGAGCUAAUGGGUCAGCAAUGCCAUUAAUCACCGAUGAUCCAACAGCAAGUGCUGGCAGUCACUCGUGGGAGGAGCGGUCUCUGCAUGCUGCCGAAGAGGACGGUGAUAUUCCCUGGGUCCUUGCUGGACCGUCGGCUGAAGCGGUGGAAGCGGCAAGAGCCAAACUUGGUGCAGCGCUCGAAGCGGCCAGAAAGCAAGACACAAUCGGAUUCCUCAUCCUACCUGACCCACGAGCAUACAGACAUGUCAUUGGCCCGAGCGGUAGCGAGAUCAACCGCAUCCGCAAGAAGACAGGCACGAAGAUCCAGGUCCCACGCGAUCAGAACCAAGGCGAGGCAAUCGAGAUACAGGGUGAGAAGGCAGGCGUACAGGAGGCGAAGGACAUGAUUUUAGAAAUCGUGCAAAAGCAUGCAUGAAGAGAGGUUCGGCAAAAGGGUUGUUGAUGUUGGAGGCUCUCAAUAGCAGCUAUGAUUGAGUAAACCGGCAGAAAAUGGCCCGCAUCUAGUCUAGCGUUCUCGUUGCUGUAGUAUAGAGAUUAUCAACACAGUGUCGUCUCG